AUGGCACUGCCGUCCUCGCCUGCGGCGGCUAGCUCAAGCACCCAUCACCCGCCUCGCAUCUCCUCCAUCUCCUCGUGCUGCUGCCCGCCGUCGCCAUGCCCCCUCCAGAUACAGCCUAGCAGCCGCCCCACUCCCCCCGCGGCAUAUCUUCUUCAUCGUGUUGCCACUGCUUCUUCCACUGCCAGCAGCCCAAGAAGUCGAGGUCGAGGUCGAGGGCACCUGCCGCCUCCAGCUGCCCUCCCCGACCCGCAAGCUGCUGCGGCGCUACUCCUCGCCGCCGCCGGGACAGUAGGUGCCGCCAGCCUCCUGCUCCGCUCCUCCUCCUCAUCCGCCGCCUCACAGCAGCAGCGGCAGGAGGAACAAGAACAGGUAGAGGGAGAGGAGUGCCCGGACUGCGGCGGGACUGGGCUCUGCGGCCGCUGCAAAGGAGAGGGCUUUGUCUUCAAGCAGCUCUCCACGGAGACGGCCACCAAGGCGCGCAAGGCCGCCAAGAACAUGGCCACCAGAUACACCGCGGGGUAUUAUUACAAUUAUUAUUUAAUUCCUUCCUUGCUUUCAGUUUCAAUUCUAGCUAGUUGCAUAUCUAUAUCGAUAUGCUGUAUUCGUCCUCACCAGUCACCAAGCAAGAACAUGACCAUGAUGCAUGCGAUUGCCAUGCAUUGCAGGCUGCCCACCAAGUGGACCUACUGCAACAAGUGCUCCUCCACCCGAUCCUGCACAACCUGCCGAGGCUCCGGCAGAAUCAUCACCACACCUGUCACCUAG